AUGGUUCGUAAAACGCCUUCUGGCUUCUUCGCCAUCAACGAAGAAGCUCCGUCCUACGUGUCUCCCAAUCCUCGAUACGGAAGUCCUCAAAAUGCAUCGCCAGCACCAACACGCUGGGACGAGUCAUCACCAUCUCAACGCGGCGUGACUCGCAAGUCAUCUUCAGGCUUCCUCGCUACCAGUAACAAGCUUCCAUAUCGUAUAGCACGAGGUUACGAUGACAAGGAGUGGAAAGAAGCGGAAUGGACCGACAUGUUGGCGAAGAGGGAAGCGAAACCAGAACCCGAGAAGUCAUCGUUUGAUCCCUCCAAAUAUACUCUUCCCUAUGUCAAAUACAUGACCGAGAACCCGACUAUAUUCCACGCUGUCUCCUCCUUCGCAUCCCAACUCAAAGAUGCCGGCUUCAAACACCUCAGCGAGCGCCAGACCUGGACGAUACAUCCUGGAGGCAAAUACUUCGUGACACGUAACAGCAGCUCCAUCAUUGCUUUCAGUGUGGGCGGAGAAUUCAAGCCAGGCAACGGAUUCGGCAUUGUCGCCGGCCAUGUCGAUGCACUCUGCGCAAAGUUGAAGCCAGUGAGCAAGCUGCCCACAAAAGAAGGAUUUGUCCAGCUUGGCGUCGCUCCCUACGCCGCGCCAUCAGCUCUACAUGGCAAUAAGAUUGAAGAGAGGCUUGUAAAGCUCGACUGGCCCAUCGCACGUAUUCCAACACUCGCUCCACAUUUCGGCGCCGCGGCAUCAGGACCUUUCAACCCAGAGACUCAAGCCGUACCCAUCAUUGGCAUCGACAACUCCGACAUCAACGGCAAGGCAUCGCCCGAAAUACACAUCGAGCCAGGCACCUUCGCCGCAACCCAACCGCCGCGCCUGGUCCGAGCUAUCUGUGGCUCCGCCGGCGUCACCAACUACUCCGAGCUUGUCAAUUGGGAACUCGAGCUCUUCGAUACCCAACCCGCCGCCGUCGGAGGCCUAGACCACGAAUUCAUCUUCGCCGGCCGCAUCGACGACAAAUUAUGCUGCUACGCCGCCAUCGAAGCCCUGCUCUCCUCUGCCCAAACCUCUACAUCCCCCGGCAUUGUCAAGAUGGUCGGUUGCUUCGACGACGAGGAAAUCGGCUCCCAGCUACGACAAGGCGCACAGUCAAGCUUCAUGUCCGGCACCAUUGAACGCAUCCUCUCCUCCUUCCAGACCUCGUCCUCCUCAUCAACAUCCUACUUCUCCCCAGCAGUCCACGCCCAAUCCAUGGCCAACUCCUUCCUCGUCUCCUCCGACGUCAUCCAUGCUGUCAAUCCAAAUUUUCUGGGCGCAUACCUCCCGCAGCAUAUGCCGCGCCUCAACGUCGGCGUAGCCGUCUCGUGCGAUCCGAAUGGGCACAUGACCACCGAUUCCGUGUCGACGGCGUUCCUGUAUGAAGUAGCCAAGAAGUGUGGCGCGACGCUGCAGACGUUCCAGAUCAGGAACGACAGCAGAAGUGGUGGAACAAUCGGGCCGAUGACGAGUAGUCGGCUGGGAUGCAGGGCGAUUGAUUGUGGGAUUCCGCAGUUGAGUAUGCAUAGCAUUCGGGCUACGACUGGUGCGUUGGACCCUGGGGAGGGCGUGAGGUUGUAUAAGGGGUUUUUUGACUAUUUUGAGGAGGUUGAUGCGCAGUUUGAGUAA